AAAAAACAGUGAAAAUACAAAAAAAAAAAACUCACAAAGUUAAAAACGAACAGAAUAAUAUACCGAUGAUCUCUCUAGCUCAAAAAGCCUGAACCUGGAAACUCAAAACACGCACCUCUCCCCCUCUGUUUCCCUCUGAAACAGAGAGAGCCAUUCUGAGAGAUCAAAGAAAGAAGGACCAUGCUUCUUCUCAUCAUCACCAUCAUCUUCAACCUCUCUCUGAACCCAGCUCUCUCUCUCAACAGUGAUGGCAUCAUCCUCCUCCAAUCGAAGCAAUUCCUUGAUGACCCCAACCACUCACUCUCAAACUGGAACCCGUCAGACCCAGAUCCCUGCAACUGGACUGGCAUCACUUGCUCUUCUUCUUCUUCCUCUGUUACCUCCAUUGAUCUCUCCGAUCUCUAUCUCUCAGGCCCAUUUCCCCCUCCUCUCUGCAGACUCCCUUCAUUAACCUCACUUUCUCUCUCUACCAACUUCAUCAACUCCUCUCUCUCCUCGUCCUCUCUCCUCCCCUGCUCCUCUCUAACACAUCUGGACCUCUCUCAGAACCUCCUUGUGGGUUCACUCCCUUCUUCUCUCUCAUCUCUCCCUCUCUUAACUUACCUUGAUCUCUCUGGUAACAAUUUCUCAGGACCGAUUCCUCCCUCAUUUGCCCACUUCCCCUGUUUACAGUCCCUCUCCCUUGUUGCCAAUCUUCUCACUUCCCCAAUCCCUGAGUUUUUCUCAAACAUUUCCACUCUUAAGCAGCUCAAUCUCUCAUACAACCCAUUUACUCCUGGCCCAAUUCCUGCUUCUUUUGGUAAUCUUUCAUCUCUUGAGGUUCUUUGGCUCUCUGGGUGCAAUUUAAUUGGACCCAUUCCUUCUUCAUUGGGUAAGCUUUCAAAGCUGACUGAUCUUGAUCUCUCAACCAAUGCACUGACUGGGCCUAUUCCUUCUUCUUUCGUGGGCUUAAGCUCUGCUGUUCAGAUUGAGCUCUACGAGAAUUCUCUCUCGGGUUCGAUCCCUCCGGGGUUUUCGAACAUUAGUUCUCUUCGGAGUAUUGAUUUUUCAAUGAACAAUCUCUCUGGCUCAAUCCCUGAUGAUAUUUUUCUUUUGCCUCUUCUUGAUAGCUUGCAUCUGUAUCAGAACAAUCUCUCUGGUUCAAUUCCUGUCACGACGUCGAGCUCUUCGAAGCUCACUGAUCUAAGGUUGUUCUCUAAUAAACUCUGUGGAAGUAUUCCCGCCGAUUUCGGUAGUAAAUCACCGCUGAGCUUUGUUGAUCUAUCUGAUAAUUUGCUCUCUGGCGAAAUACCUUCUAGCAUAUGCAACAACGGGGUUCUGGAAGAGUUACUUUUGCUCGACAAUGAGUUAUCGGGCGGAAUUCCUGAGUCUCUGAGCAAAUGCAAGUCUCUGACCCGAGUUCGCCUGUUAAAUAACAAGCUAUCUGGCUCUGUUCCCACUGGAUUCUGGGGACUUCCUCAUGUUUCGUUGCUCGAGCUCGCUGGCAACAGCUUAUCAGGUUCAAUCUCUCCGUCCAUAUCCGGUGCUGCAAAUUUAUCAAAGUUGUUGAUCUCGAACAACCAAUUUCGUGGUCAAAUUCCUAAAGAAAUUGGUGAGUUGGCAAAUCUCUAUGAAAUCUCUGUCGCCAACAAUAGAUUAACGGGGCCAUUGCCAUUAGAGAUGGCUAAACUUGCAGAGCUCGGGCGAAUUGAUUUUCAUAACAAUUCAAUAUCAGGUGAAAUUCCAACAGGAAUAGAGUCAUGGAAGAAGCUCAGCCAGCUGAAUCUUGCUGACAAUGAGCUCACUGGUGAGAUUCCAUCAGAGCUUGGAGACUUGCCUGUUCUCAAUUAUCUUGAUCUCUCUGGAAAUUUGUUAACUGGAGAAGUUCCACUCAAGCUUCAAGACUUGAAGCUGAAUCAAUUCAAUGUGUCAAAUAACCAGCUCUCUGGUCCUCUUCCCCCAAUGUUUAAGACCCUGGUUUACAGAGAGAGUUUCUUGGGCAAUCCCGGGCUGUGUCAGGAUCUCCCUGACUUGUGCACUCAACAAAGAUCAACAAGUAGACACAGCCAGAUUUGGUUGAUAAAGUCCAUGUUCAUACUAUCGGUGUUGAUUCUCUUCACUGGGGUGUUCUGGUUCUAUUGGAGAUAUCGAAGUUUCACGAAGGCAAAACAAAGAAUGGAUCGAUCUAAAUGGACCCUAACAUCUUUCCACAAGCUGGGAUUCAGUGAGUACGAGAUCUUGGAUUGCCUGGAUGAGGAUAAUGUUAUUGGUAGUGGGGCUUCGGGUAAAGUCUACAAGGCGGUGCUCAGCAACGGAGAAGCUGUGGCUGUGAAAAAACUGUGGGGGUCAGCAAAGAAAGAUGUUGAGAAUUUGAAUCAUAAUCAAGACGAUGAUGGUUUCGAGGCUGAAGUUGAGACACUGGGGAAAAUUAGGCAUAAGAACAUAGUGAAGUUAUGGUGCUCUUGUAGUCAUAAGGAUUGUAAGCUCUUGGUUUAUGAAUACAUGCCUAAUGGGAGUUUGGGCGAUUUGCUGCAUAGUAACAAGAGCGGGAUCUUGGAUUGGCCAAUGAGGUAUAGGAUUGCUUUGGAUGCGGCUGAGGGGCUUUGCUAUCUUCAUCAUGAUUGUGUACCUCCCAUUGUGCACAGAGAUGUUAAGUCCAAUAAUAUCUUGUUGGAUGGGGAUUUUAGGGCAAAGGUGGCUGAUUUUGGAGUUGCCAAAGUGAUCGGAGGAGCAAAAUCUAUGUCGGUGAUCGCUGGCUCUUGUGGAUAUUUUGCGCCUGAGUAUGCAUACACUCUCAGGGUGAACGAAAAGAGUGAUAUCUACAGCUUUGGCGUAGUUAUUCUAGAACUAGUGACUGGGAAACUCCCAGUUGAUCCAGAGUUCGGAGAAAAGGAUCUAGUGAAAUGGGUAUGCACCAUAAUAGAGCAAAAAGGAAUGGAGCAUGUAUUUGAUCCAAAACUCGAUAUCUGCUUUAGAGACGAGAUGAGCAAGUUGCUCGACAUCGGUCUUCUCUGUGCCAGUGCUCUCCCCAUCAACCGUCCAUCGAUGAGAAGAGCCGUGAAAAUGAUUCAAGAUGUGAGAUCAGAUGACAAAUUCAAUCCCGAGAAAAAGAGCGGGAAGCUUUCUCCUUACUACUAUGAAGACGGCUCCUCAGAUCAAGGCAGUGUUGUUUAGAUUUGGUGUUUGUCUUUGUAAAUACUGUUCCUAGUUACUGUUUCAGGUCACUUUGUGAAAGCAACUCCACAGAUUUUGAUGAGUCUCUUUUGUGUUGGUUGCUUUCGAGGCAGAGAUUUGCGCCCACUAGUGCACUCAAGGGAGAAAAAUGCGGUGGCCCAUAUUGCUGUAAUUUUUCUUUGCCUUUACUGUUUAAUUUAGUGGCUCGUUGCUAUGCAACUGUGUAAAGUUGCGGGAUUUUCACUGAUUAUAUGUAGGGCUUGGUCAUUGAUUUCUAUUUGUAUGUUGUCCCCUGCACUUGAGACAACUCUGGGUCUCUUGGGUGGUUGAGUUUUUAAUCUAACUUGCUUAAACUUGAA